UCCAUCUUCCUCGCAGCGCCGCUCAGACUCGUCCGUCGUCCCUCAACGCAGAUCUUCUGCUCCUUCCCCCACUCGCGCUGAGGCUCGGUCCCAGGGAUCGGAGCGGCUCCCCCUCGGCGGCGUCCAGCGACGGAGGGGCAGUCCCAGGCUCGGCGGCGGCUCCCCCUCCCCGUAUCGCCAGUCGCCUCGCGCCCUCGCCUCCGUCCUCCGCGCACCGGCCGGCGACCCUGCGUACGCACCUCCCUCUCCCCUCCCGCCUCUGCUGUACCGUGGGAGCCCGGCCAGCUGCCCAGGGUGGCCGGGCCUUGGCUCCGCCGGUGGGGGAGGAGGAAACGAAAUCUCGGUGGGGAUGAUCGGCUCUGCUCCUGAUUCGGCCCGCCGGAAGCCGAGUCACGACAGAGCCAACGAUGAGGUGCGGCAUGGUGACACUGUGGUGAAGAACACGAAGAGGUCCGCUGAUGCCUUCACAGAGAAGAGGAAGAAAAAGGAUCAUCUGUACAAUGCCAACCAUGGAAAGGACAGGGACAUACGGAAUGGCGACCAAAGGAUAAAGAAGAGCAGGGUGCCUGCCGCAUCAUCUGAGAAGGGGAGGGAAAAGGGUGACCAUGACCUGAACAAAACCAGCAGCAAGAAGAAGAUGAUGGGUGUUGACCUGGACAAGAAAAGGACGGUUACAUCGAGGAGGAAAAAACUUGAGAGAGAGAGGAAGAAAAAACUUCUUAUUAAUGCCAGCAUUAGGAAGAAUAUGCAAAGGGAUGAUGGUGAGGAAGGGAGGAUUAUGAGUAACUAUUAUGAGACUAAGGUGAAGAGCAAGAAGGUGUCCACCACAUUAUCUGAUAAGGAGAGGAAUAAGGAAAAGCUGAACAAAACACACCGAGAGAAGAAGAUGCAGGCUGCUGACAGCAAGAUGAGGAAUCAUGACAGUGGAGUGAACAAGGGGAAGGUGUCCACAACAUUUUGUGAUAAAGAAAAGAAAAGGAAAAGGCCAAGCAAUACCAACAGUGAGAAGGAGACCGCGCCAAUCACAUAUGCUGUUAAAGAGAAGAAAAUGAGGACCACUGAGAGUGUGGAGAUUAAGAUGAGACAUGACAGACAGAAUAGGAGAAAUGUGUCACUUGAUGUAUCCAACGAGAAGAUGGAUACAUCAAGUGGCUCUAACUAUAAAAUAAGGAAGAGGAAAUUAGCACACACACUAUUGAAGGAAAAAAAGAGGAUGCGGUACAAUGAUAGUGAUAAGAUUCACAGUGGCAGGGUGAAGGAAAUGGAAAAAAUUAGCGGUGGCAAGGAAAAGAAUAAUCAGGCUCCCAUUGCUUUUUUAAAGUUCAUACGCAACAAUUCCGAGAAAUUUCUGGUGAUACCACCAACUGUUGCACCCAGAUUGGAGUAUUUGACUAAUCAACUUGUAUACCUUAAAGAUUCAGAGGGAAAAUGUUCAAAGGUCCUGGUAUCGAAGGUGGCUGAAACCCUUGUUUUUCAUCAGGGAUGGGAUAUUUUUGUUUCAAACCAUUUGAUUAAAUGGGGUGAAUUUCUGUUGUUCGAGUAUAUUGCAGAGAGUACAUUUUCUGUGCGGGUUUUCCGUACAGACUCUUGUGAAAGAGUAGACUUCAAUCCUGAGAGCACAAAUAAAGGUGGAAGAAAGAAACAGGCAUGGAGUAAUAUGCCACCUGAUGACUUGGUCAUCACCGAUGGUAGUUCACAAAACAUAGAUGAUGGCUACUAUGUUUCUGGCGAAUGUCCCAGGACCAAAGUGCCUCAAACAUGUCAUGUGACUUGCAAUACAAAAAAUGACCCUAAACAAGUUGAACAUGUGGUUGGAUCUGGAGUAAUGGCACAAGAUAACAAUGGAAAAUCGAUUGAUCCACAGUGCAAAACAAAGGGUACUUCUCCACUGUGCAGCAAAGGAAAAACACUAAUUACGCUUAUAGAUUCUGAAGAUUCUGAACCUUUAGAGCAUGAAAAUGGGGAUACAAUGAAGCUAGCCACAUCAGUUGCAGAUUCAGAUACAAGUCUUGUGGCUGUUAAUACCAACGAAGGCCCUAUAAGAGCUCAGAGUGGCAUUGGGAAUGGACCCUCAGUUGUACUAGGUGACGAGAAGGGGAGUUCCCCUGAAAUUGAGUGCGGAACCAAGUCCAUUUCAACAACAUGCAGCGAAGGAAAAACAAGAUCUCAAAUAAUUAUAACUUCUACAGCUCUCUUAGAUUUACAUGAUUCAGAUGAAGAUUUAGGAAGAAAACAAAGAACAAAUGUCGUUCCUUUAGAUUCUAUCACGCCUGUGAUAGAUUAUCAUAAUCAUAGCAAGACGGACAUUAUCCAAAACCUUUACAGAAAAUAUGAAGCUCCUGGAGGUUUUCGCUGCUUGGAGAAGUGGAGGAAGGAUGUUGUGAACAAUCAAGCAUCUCUUGAUUGCACUGUACCGAUUAAACCUGAAAACCCACAAAAAAAUGAUAGCAUGUUGGUUGAUGGUUAUGGUUCAAUUGAACUAAACCCUGUAGAUGAGUACAUUUGUUCCGAGGGCAAUCAUGAAUGUGUCCAACCAUUAUUCACCAUGCCCAUCAAAGAACCAUCAAGUGCUGACAGAGUAACCAAUUGCGGACAUGAUGGGACAGAGAUCGACUAUAGCAUCAAUGAGAAAGAUGGAGGUGCUUCUGUUCUACUUGAAGCAAAAGGGGAACGAUUGGAACCUAUGGGAAGCAUUGUACAUAGCCAAAGUAACAAUGCCCCGUUGUGUGCGAACCCUGUAGUUCCGGGUAAGGAUGGUGCAACAGGACUAACCCCUAUUGGGUCUGAAGGAAGUUGUGCCUUUAUUGAAUCAAUGUUCAUAGGGCCCAUUGAGAAAACCUCAAGUCCUGACGAAAUAUCCAAAUGCAGCAGUAGCAUGAUAGAGAUCGAACAUAAUGUCAAUGAAAAAGGAACUCCUGUUCAAUUUGAAACCCAAAUGGAUCAAGUGGAGCCAGUGAGGAGCAGUGUACGCAGCAAAAGUCGCAACAUUGUUGUACGUGCCAAUGAAUCAGAACAUUGUUUCUCCAAACAGGAAGGUAGAAUGCCUAGUAACACUGAGGUCCCAGAGCCUUUGUUGCCUAUGAAGGACAAAAUUCUGGAGCUGGAUUAUCAUUCUCCACCAGAGAUCAACUCGCAACUAUGCAUUCCUGAUACCACUCAGAAAUGGCUUGGCCUAUCCAAGUCGCUUUCCAGUGCAGUUAUUAGACAGAGAAGGCAUCAUUGGGAUGUUGUAAUGCUGAAGGACCCCAUGAAGAGAUUAUGGCCUAUUAUUUACCAUGACAACCCAAUAUUUGUGGGCUUCACGGCGGGCUGGAAACAUUUUGUCGCAGCAAACAACCUCCAGACUGGGGAUGUCUGCGAGCUUAUUAAGGAGUCAGAGGAUGAUGAGCCGGUGUACUCUGUCCGGAUGUGUGGUAAAAUUUGAAACCCCGCUUCGUCUGAACACUUCUCUUCUCUUAGGCCUCAGGAAGCAUGCUUCAGCCGAACUACCAGGCGGAUCUUGUGAAUACCAUGGGGAUCUGCCGUUUUUUUUUUUGCAGGAAGUCGUGGGAAAACCAUGUGGAUCUGGCGUUUCUGCGUGGCCAGUGACUGGUGAACUUUUGACGAUCCACAUCAUAGAACGAAGUCAGGCAGGCUGAGAGCCUGGGACUGCACCUGCACCUGUCAUCAUAUUUAUCAGUCCAUAUAUAAUGACUUCGUUUGUUCUAUUUAGUGUACUAGUGUGUAACCAUAACCACGAACCGUGACGCUGUAGCCAUAUGACAACAUGUGCUGGCCACAGGGUCCCUUUUGCUCUUUGCCGCGCUUGAUCCGGGUGAAUAUUUCGACCCUGCUGCAUGACUGAACUUGAUAAAGAUCUCGAUAUAUAAUAUAAUGUACUACUAUUGUUCUUGCCUCUA